UCUCCCUCUCUCUCUCUCUCUCUUCCCCCCCCCCCCCCCCCCCCCCAAAGACUGAAACCCUUGCCCUCCGGGUAGGAGACCCCAAUGGCGGCCGAGAACCACCACGGCGGUCGAUCGGCGCUGAUCUUCCUCGGCACCGGGUGCUCGAGCGCCGUCCCCAACGCAAUGUGCCUGAUCCAGCCCUCCGAUCCUUGCCACGUCUGCGCCCAGGCGCUCUCCAUCCCCCCGGACCAAAACCCUAAUUACCGGUGCAAUACGUCGCUUUUGAUUGAUCAUUGCGGAAGCGAUGGUAACCACAGCUACAUAUUGAUCGAUGUCGGAAAGACGUUCAGGGAGCAAGUGCUUCGCUGGUUCACUCGCUAUAAGAUUCCCAGAGUUGAUUCUAUUAUUUUGACUCAUGAACAUGCUGAUGCAGUUCUUGGUCUGGAUGAUAUACGUGCCGUUCAACCAUUUAGUCCCACAAAUGACAUUGAUCCUACUCCCAUCUACCUAAGUCAUUAUGCAAUGGAGAGCAUUGCAGUGAAAUUUCCUUACUUGGUUAAGAAAAAACUUGCUGAAGGACAAGAAGUGAGACGGGUAGCACAACUUGACUGGAGGAUAAUUGAGGAGAGUAUUGAAACACCGUUUCUUGCGUCAGGCCUACAAUUUGUUCCUUUGCCAGUAAUGCAUGGGGAAGAUUAUAUCUGUUUGGGUUUUCUAUUUGGUGAAAGAUGUAGAAUAGCUUAUAUAUCUGAUGUUUCACGCUUUCCUGCAAGCACAGAACAUGUUAUUUCAAAAGAUGGAGCUGGACAGUUGGAUCUUCUUAUCUUGGACACACUAUACAGGACUGGAUCCCAUAAUGUUCACCUUUGCCUCCCACAGACUCUUGAAGCUGUGAAGAGGAUUUGUCCAAAAAAAACCCUUUUAAUUGGAAUGACUCAUGAGUUUGAUCACCACGUAGACAAUAAGUUUCUUAAGGAAUGGUCUGAGAGGGAAGGGAUUCAAGUGCAGCUUGCGCAUGAUGGUUUGAGAGUGCCCCUAGACCUAUGACAAGGUUAAUGUUGUUGUGUGUUAAAAUGAAUACACCAUAUACAGUUUUCAUCCCCAUGUUGAUGGGAGGAAAGCAGAUGCAUGUGAUAUUCUUGAAGUCCAUAUUUUUUUAUUGUAUCAACCAGUGUCUCUGAAGAGGUAAAACAAUCUUACAAGGAUUUUAGGACACUUACUUUACUUCGAUGGAAGAUGGAAUAUUUACGCUCACCAAACUUGUAUUUUUACGUUAAAACAGUGUGAUGUUAGAGCAUUUGAUAUAUAAUUGAAUAACAAACUUAGCUACUAUAC